AUGGCCCCAGUCUUUGGGCUGCACAUCCUGCUCCUGGCCUGGCUCUGCAGGCUCCCAGCUCAGGUGGUGCUGGGGCUAUGGCCCACAGGGUCCUGGCCUGGCCUGACCAGCUCUGCCCCUGCCCACCCUUCGACCCUGCUUCUCCGGCGCCUGGGUGAACGCGUGCAAAGGCUUCGGGGCAGCGCAGGGCCGGACCCAGGCCCCAGGGCUGGGUGGCUGCAGCAGCCACUGGACCCCUUCAACUCCUCGGAUGACCGCACCUUCCUGCAGCGGUACUGGGUGAAUGACCGCCACUGGGCAGGCGGGGACGCCCCUGUCUUCCUGCACCUGGGGGGUGAGGGCAGUCUGGGCCCUGGUUCUGUGAUGACAGGGCACCCCGAAGCUCUGGCCCCGGCCUUGGGUGCCCUGGUGAUUAGCCUGGAACACCGGUUCUAUGGCCUCAGCGUACCUGCUGGGGGCCUGGGCCUGGCCCAGCUCCGCUACCUGUCCAGCCGCCACGCGCUGGCGGACGCGGCUUCAGCCCGCCUGGCGCUAUCGCGCCUCCUCAACGUGAGCUCCGCCAGCGCUUGGGUCUGCUUCGGGGGCUCCUACGCCGGCGCUUUGGCCUCCUGGGCCCGGCUGAAGCUCCCGCACCUCUUCGCCGCCGCCGUGGCCUCCUCCGCCCCGGUGCGGGCCGUGCUGGACUUCGCCGAGUACAACGCGGUGGUGUCGCGGGGCCUGGCGAGCGCGGCAGUCGGCGGGUCGCCCGAGUGUCGGGCUGCGGUGUCCUCGGCCUUCGCGCAGGUGGAGUGGCGGCUGCGCAUGGGCGGGGCGGCGCGAUCGACACUGCGCACGGAGCUGGGCGCCUGCGGGUCCCUGUCCCGCGCCGAGGACCGGGCAGAGCUCCUGGAGGCGCUGCAGGCCUUGGUCGGGGGCGCAGUGCAAUACGACGGUCAGACGGGGGCGCCGCUCAGCGUGCGCCAGCUCUGCGGACUUCUGCUGGAGGGCGCGCGCAACGGCAGCCACCCAGAGGCCUACUUCGGGCUGCGACUCGCAGUGCAGAUUGUCCUGCACAGCCUGGGACAGCGGUGUCUCAGUGCCUCCCGAGCACAGACUGUGGCACAGUUGAAAGACACGGAGCCCCAAGCGUCCGGCUUGGGUGACCGGCAGUGGUUGUACCAGACGUGUACCGAGUUUGGUUUCUAUGUCACCUGUGAGAAUGCUGAGUGUCCUUUCCCCCAGUUCCCAGCACUGCCAUCGCACCUAGAGCUGUGCGAGCAGGUGUUUGGGCUCUCGGCUUCAUCUGUAGCCCGGGCUGUGACCCAGACGAACUCCUAUUAUGGAGGCCAGGCCCCAGGAGCCACUCGAGUGCUGUUUGUCAAUGGAGACAUUGACCCCUGGCACAUGCUGAGCGUCACACAGGCCUCGGGCGGGUCAAAGGCAGCCCUUCUCAUCCCCGGGGCCUCCCACUGCGCAGACAUGGCCCCCGAGAGGCCCUCGGACCCCACCAGCCUGCGCUCGGGGCGCCAGGUGAGUGAGGAGAGGCCCUGGUGCCACCCGCUUUCUGGUCUUCACUCCCCACUCGGGGCUCACUCGGCACUGUCCUCGCUCCACAGAGCAUCUUGCACCAGCUGCAAACCUGGCUCGGGCAGGUGAAGGAGGAAGGCCAGCUGGGGCGUCCAGCCUGAGCCUUCCCCGGACCCCUUCUUCAUGUGAAGGAUGAAGGAAGCCCCUUGUUGAAGGAGAACCCCAGGGCCCGGGGCUCAGCCCCUAACCUGCACAUACCCUGCUUGUGUGCAGCCCCCUGGCUCCAAGUAAAGCUGCCUUGUGGAAAAGACAGCAUGGACACUCGUGGCCACUGAGUAUGGGACACUGGGGCUUUCCAUGCUGAGUGUCCAGGGCACGUGACUGCUGGCACUGGCACCCUCGCCAGUGACUGCCUCCCGGACUCCAUGCUCAGCUGUCGGCUGGGCACCUCUGGGUGAUGCUUCGGCCUCAGGCCUGGCCUGGCCCGGCCCACUCCUCACUGUCUGCAGCCUCUUCCUUUUGGCUUUAGUUUUUCUCUUGACCAGCUGCCCUGUCAUUAUUUGUCUUUCCUGGCCUGUUGUUUCUCUGUGCAUGGUCCUUUAUGUCUCUGCCUGAGUGCACAUCUCUGCAAAGCUAGUCUCCUCCCCUCCCCCUCUCCACGCUCUUCCAGCCCCCCCCCCUUUCCCAGCUUGCUCUGCCCCAGGGUCCCCACUACCCGCGGUUUCUUUUUUUUUUUUUCUUUUUUUCUUUUUUUACGUUGUUUCCUGCAUGGUUUAUCUCCUCAGUCACUGCCCAAAGGACUCUGACAAGUUGUAGGAAUAUGCAGGUGCAGACAUAAGGUCCAGCUUCUUCUCCACGUUGUAGAAAGGGACUGUACAUCAUGAGGCAGAGCCCUAUGCCUGGGGUUUCUGACUCCUACUUUUUUCUCCUGGCAACCCUCACUCCCUCUUUCCCUCCGUCUGUUUCCCUCCCUUGGUACCUCCUGGCCUUUCUGCUGUCUUCUCAUUCUUUUUGCUCAUUCUGUCAUUUCCGAGUGGCUGUAGCCGGGCACCACAGCUGGCAGACUUCGGCACAGAUGUUCCUGGCCAUGCUGCAGUGCCAGGGUGUCUGAAAAUGAGGGUCUGUGCCUGGCAGGGACCACACGGUGGCCAGGGCUGGGGAGUAGGUGGACUCCCGUUGAGAGUGGAGCCUGGAGGGCCACCCCAUCAGAACUCGCCCUGGAGGCCAUUGUGAUGCAGAACUUUGGGGACACAGCACCACCCUGAGGUUCUGAGGUCCUGUCUGUUUUCCUGUCCCUCAGUCUUCUGGCUUCCUCCCAGUGUCACCCACCACCCUUUCCCACAACCAGAGGUCAGCGUCCCGCCAAAGCCUCAGGUAGGGACUCAGCCCAAGGCUUCCUUGGUGGCUCAUGGUGGCUGUGCUGCCUCCACAGGCCAGUCCCUGGAGGAGGAAGAGCAGGUCAGGCCAGAAUCCAGGAAAAGUAAAGGACAGGGGCUGCAGGGGAAAAUGUGACCCUGUUCUUGCUUUUCCCACAUUCCAAACCUAAAAGCUUUGUUUGUUUAUUUUGUUUUGAUGGGUACAAGGAAUCAAAUUCAGGACCGCACGCUUGCCAGGCAGGCGCUGAGCCACUGAGCUGCAUCCUGAUUUUCUCUGAGGACAAACAGAGUCCCGCUCACCAGGGCUGGCCUGGACCCCGUCCUUUGACAACAGAGCAGACGGCAGUCAGACUGAGUGGGGACCCUGGCCCCACUUUUCUAUUUAGCACCAGCAGCGAGGGCACCCCAUGCUGAGAAAUGAUGAGAAAUGAAAUGAGUUUGCCCACCCCCACCCCCGCAGGCUUCGCCCGCUUCUCUCCUGCUUUGCCAGGCUCCUCUCUUGCCCUCUGUUGCACAGGUCUUUUCAGCUUCGUUCUGACUGGGCUGGAGUUUGGUGCUAGGCCUGGCAUUCUCAGUGUCCCCCCCUGGGCACGGCGGUGCCAGGCGAGGGAUGGAUCAUCCCUGCGUUGGGACCCACUGUGAGGUGGGUUUGGGCCUGAAGUUUGCAGGCAGCUUAGCAACCUCAACUUUUCACCCAGGGCCCGGCUACAGACAGCUCUGCUAGGAUGGGAAGCGUCCCUGUGCUUCGCUCUGGCGCUCCUGCUCUUUGCUUGGUCCCGCCCAUCCGCUCUGUCCUUGGCAGCCACUGUGGCUCUUCCCAGGAGUCAGAAAGGCUGUGCUGUGCUCAGACCCGCUGCACGGAACUCGAGUGACUCCCACGCAUCCCCCAGGGCUAUGCGCCCUAAACACUGUGGCUUCCAGCACUCCUCUGAGCUUGCGUCCUGUCCCCUCCCUCUGUCGCCUGCACUCUGCCAGCUUCCCUCAUGGCCUUGUUUGGUAGCGAGGUGAAAUCUACAGCUGCCUCCCACCUUGCCUUAGCUGUCCCCUCUCCUGAGAGGGCUGUCCCCUCUAUAACCUUCUAGUGGCCGCUUUCUCCAGACCACUUAGCCCGACUCAAAUGUCACUCUUUCAGAAGCCUGCCAGGACUGCCACCUGCCCUGUCAUGUUAGCUAUUUUAUUUUUUACAAGCACUGUCUGAAAUUACCUCUGGCAUGUCUCACUCCAGUUUAGCCCCCGCUGCUAGCAUGAGAGGGGAGAGGGCAGGGCCCUGGGCAGACUCCCCACGGGACCCUUGCUUCACACUAGCCGGCGCACAUCGAAACUUCUCCACGCAUUUGUCAGCUUGCUGGGCUGAAGACCUGAAAAAACUAGCAGGACCAGAGAAGCUGGUAAACUGUGGUUUACCUGUUUAUGAUUUUCAUUUACGGGUGAUGUCAACAACAGAGAAAAUAUUUGAGUUAAUGAAUAUAAAUGGAGGUAGAAGUGUUUUGUCUGGAUGAUGCCUGAUGUGUCUCAUGCAGUUCCCCCUUUUACUGAGUGGAGCUUCUGGCCUGCAAGCCUGGAGGACAGAGUCCAGACACAGGCUUCCCCAGCAGCACGCAGCCGAGGCCAGGGCCUGGCACUAGCCCCCUCAGUGCUCCCUUGGGGCCCAGGCUCACAGAGAUGAGCAUCAGGGGUCUCUCCAGGUGGCUCUGUGGAGGGCAGCGCUGAUGGCGAUUUCCCGUGUGGUUGGUUGUCAGCCCCUAGACAGCUGAACCACCGAGGCAGGCCGGCCAGCCCUGAGUACACAGAGAGUCCAAGGUGAGCCCCAAAACCAACUGUUCCAGCUCUGGAAAGGCAAGGGGCCCAGGCCAGCCAGCCAAUCAAGUUGCUAGGCAUCGGGGCCUAAAAUUGCCAUCCUGCUCCUGAGUGUAUAAAUAAAGUGGCUGCAGUGGUACAGGGGUUCCUUCUCUCCCAUGGGGAGAGAGGGAGGGCUCCCCCUCGCUUCAGCUUUCAUCUAUUUUCUUUAUUUUCCCAAGCUCUCACUGUCCUUCCCCCCACCAGCACCUAGAGCUGCACUGGCACACAGCAGCACAGGAUCUAUGUUAACUUCCUAGCAAGCCCCCAUCCCUGCUCCCAGUCAGUAAGGAACGCAAGUGUUUUGAAUGGAUGCAGGAGAUGACACCAGGAGCAGUUAGAUCAAACCAGGGGAGAGCACUGGCCACACCCACCUCACCACACACAGCUCUCCAGGUCUGCCACCACCAAGAGGAAUCAGGGAAAACGGGAAACAUCUUCACGGGCUUGGACCAGGCCAGUAUUUUUUGGAGAAGACAACAUAAAAUAAAAUACUUAAAAAGGGAUGAGUUAGGUAUUAUUGAAGUUAAAAUCAAUUCCUUGAAACAUAUUAAGAAAUCAAAAAACUGUAGCAAACUAAGGGGAAACAGGCACAGCACACACACAUGACAAAGGACUUCUUGGAAUGGGUAGUAAAGAGAGAAGCUGGUAGCCAGUGGGCAAAGUGCCUGGGUAACCAUUUCAAUUUAAAACACAAAUGACCAAUAACACAUGAAAACAGAGAGAUGUGAAUAAAAUGACAUGAAAUACUACUUUAUACCCAAAAGAAUUACAAGCAAGUAAACAAGACCUCUGACAGGUUCCGAUGCUGGGGAGGAAGAACCUGCCACCGAUGCGGAAAAGAAAAACAGAGUCUUCGGGCCUCGGGAGGGGCACUGGGCUCGGCCAUCAGCGGCAGAUGGGGAGGCUGUGGGCUUUUCUGGGACAGGCAGGGGUGGAAGGUGCCCCUCCCUGGUCUGUGUGCAGCAAUGCUGACCUCAGUACCCCCGGGGACAGAGCAACAGCUUGGGGGCGAAAGAAAGGCAGUUACUGUCUGGGUGACAAGUGGCUGUGUUCCUUCUCCAUCACUUACAUUUUCUUGAAGCCUGGAUCAGUGAUUGCUGCCUCGUCUUGUUUUUACUAGUAAAGACGGGACUUUCUAGACUCCUGGGGCUCUUGUCCACUUGAGGUGGGAGUCACCUAGUCCCGCUUGCUUGGAAAUGUGUCUUUUUUAUUCCUCUUCAUCCCUCCUAGGUCAGUUUGUAGGUUCGUAUCUGCACCUGUGACCGCCAUGCUUUGUCCUAAACGAUCUUCCAAGAAAAUAAAAUCAUGCGUCUAUGAUAAGAUGGUGUAAGAAGUUUAUUACAG